AUGAUACCGGACUCAGGUGAGUGAGGAAGGAGAGGGUGCGGUAGAUGUGUCCUAAGUCACCAUCCCUGCGCCCACCAUGCUGCGGGUCACACGGCGGACAUCAUCGUUUGCGACGGUUGAACAGUCAAAUGUCACAUAUUCAGUGUAAAUGAGCCCCUUUUUAAGGAUAUGCCUUGAAAAUGGUUUAUUCACAAAAGCCCUAACUAUUAAUUCCUAUGUUGCACACCAAAUCUCGUAAAAGAAUAAAAGUGAAGUCUUUAAACGUACUUCCAAGCAGAAAAGACUACUUAAGUUAAAUUACCAAUUGGUACUGGAACAGCGUUUAGGUUAUGUUUUCGAUUUGAAAGUACGUUUAAAGGAUUCAGCCAAUGGUCCGCUAGUUUCGGCGCAUGCAGUAGAUUAGCAAGGCUUUAUACUUUUGGCCUGAUCCCAUGUUUUUUUCAAUUUUGGCGCCGACUUCUGUCAACUACGGUGCAGUAGUUGUUGGAGAUUCACAAUUACGAGCCACAUUUAGGUAGUUUAAUUCGUAACCAUCGGAAAGUGUCCCACGCACUUGUAACGCAUCUUCUCACUACGAGCCCCUCUACUUACUUCGACAAUUUUCUUUUUUGCUUGACGAUACUGCGGGACGUUCUGUCCCUCAGUAGUGCCCCAGAACUAUUUGCGCGAUUUUUUUCAGCGUAACUCCUUGGCCUCGUAACCGACGAUUAUAGGUCUGUAUUAAGUCAUUGUGGGAAAUUGCAGUAAGACAAACGGUCAUCUACAAAAUUACAUUUGUGCGACGGACUAGAUACGGAACGCUGAGGGGCCUACAGACUGGCCUACUUCAUCGCAUUUGCGUCAUCUGUGCGCGGAAAGUUGAUGAAACACUCCUUUUGACCUUCCCCUCAGACUCUUUUUAGAAUUGCGAUUAGGGAAAUCUUAUCAGACAUGAUGCUUGCCAUUGCCAAAUUUUCACCCUUGCUCACCGCUUGGUUUUCCGCUGAACUUUGAAAUAUCCAAAUACAGUCUUUGCGUACACACGAGCUCGAAUUUCCUGUUCCAACAUUUAAAUCUGAGCUCCUUCAUCAAUUUCAGACGAAAUUAUAAGGCAAACUAUGGGGGGUGUUUGCGUUGUUUGAAAACAAUACACUUCGCUUAGAAAACUAUUUCUGGGGAGGACGAAAAUUUCGUGUAGACAUUGAAAUAUCAUAUUUCAGCGCCGUCUGUAUAUCAAGUGAUUUUCCCAGUCCCACAAAGUUUUACACUUUUUUCUGGCAUAAAACGCUAUUUUAUAGAUGAAGCUAUACAGGCUGUAAGAACCUCUUUGUUGGUGCACUUGUCCCCCCCCCCCUCUUCCUCCUUCUCCUCAUCAUCCUCGUCCUGCCCAGGCCUUCGCUGCGGCAUAACAGAAUUCGACUUCGUCAGUCCGCAAAUGUCAGAAGUUGCGCUCUCACACACCGAGUCUCUCGUUAUACUUAACGUCAGUCAACUCGGUACCAGCCAUCAGGGCGCUCACGGAUUAGGUUAUUAGCUUGAACUUGACGAGCGUUCGGGCUUCACAGAUUGCCCAAACUUGCCCCAACUUAAAGACAGUGUCCUACCCUAGGCAUUGCAGUCAGCAAAGGCUUCCCUCUCCACCGCGUCACUUUGGCCUCUGAGAUGGAAGGGCAACAUUACAGUGAGGUCAGGCAACUCCUUAAGACCAGCAAUGAACGGCACAGGUCGCGGUUCCCCCAUGUGGUCACAGAAAACCGACGAACCGCGUACCUGAGUUUUCAACCAUUGCCUUCGUUGAGAGUAUGGUGAAGCAAUUUUCGUAUACCACGUUGGCUGAAAAUAACGUAUUGGUGACAAACGUCGAGCGGUAUUUUCCUUUCUUCACGUUCGUCCCAGUUUGCCACCACCUUUUCGGGUAGCCAAAGCAAAAGUGAAGGCCUACGUUCAGUCCUGAAAACAGGUCAGGUCGGCAAGUGGCCCUCCCAUGCACUUUUGACUACUUCCGAUCUCAAUCGAUAGAGAGAGAGGGAACCCUAAUUCGCUUGCUGGAGAGUUAGGUCUAACAAACGCCAGCUAACUUGGAGGACUGAUUGCUAAGACUCGUUCAGCCGACCUGAUCUAUAUAUGACAGUCGUCUACACCCCUCAUAGGCAUAGAGGGCGGGGAGAUUGGAGUUGAAGGCUAAUAGCUCACUUCUGUGUCAACGUAUCGGAAUAGGAAAUUUUUUGCCAACCCUAUCAUAUGAAGGGCUUUUAGUACUUAGAACUUAAGGACACCGGAAGGACUUUUGCCGGCAAAAGCUAUGGAAAAUGACUUAUUUUCCGUUGUCAGCCAGUAGUGGUACACUCCCACGUCGGGAAGAUUGGUUGUCGUUAUGCCGCUGUCUGAGAGGUCUUCAAACUGGAACUCCAAGGCGAAAAGGGGGGGGGGGUCAGUUUCCCUUGCCGCGAUCAGGCAAAGUACCCAUAUCUGACAAGGAAGCAUAUUUUACAUAGAAGUCCUGCUACUACAACGCUAAUGGGAGUUGUAUUUUUAAGCAUUGUCAGAAAAAAUAACGGGACAGCUCGCUGCGCCCUUUUGAUAUACAGUAGGUGGCCUAACUCUUGAAACUUCGUGAUCGAAAUUGGGUGCUUUUAUUUGUGUUUAUUAAAUUGACUUGAGACGCAGAGAACUACUUACUAAGGGAGGAUUCAUUUCAACUCAGGUUUUCUAGGGGAGAACUAGCCAGAUUUGGGCGAAAUCUGGCCUUCCUUGAUAUCCAGGUAAUUUCCUACACUACUGAAAUUCACAGAGCAAAACGCCAUAGUUAUGUGCAUUGCGCUGUAAACAAAGAUUAAUAUAGAUAAGAAAAGCAUGACGUAUGUCACUCCUGGGAGCGAAAAAUUGGAUUCUGCGGUCAUGAAAAUCGGGUGAUGGUGGGUAUGAGAAAUUGCAUAGUUUUCGAAAAGGGGGAAUUCGGCUUAUAAAAUUCUGUUUUAUAAAUUUGUGGUGUUUUAUGACAUAAAACUUAGUAAUAAACUUGUCUGACAAAAUAAUUAUUUUAUCAUACCAAGAAUAACUAGGCGUAAACAAAUAUAUACUAGGUACCCGCGAAAUAGUACUUUUCUGUGCCACGCCGUGCGAUAAAAAUGUCCGGGCAAUUUCUAUCAGCAGUCGACUACGAAAGGUGCGGAAAAUAGCAGCGGAUGGGUUGUCGCCCGAGUUAUUAGAAAUUAUUUUCGAUAUUAUUAAGGUUACUCUGUGACGAAUAAUUAAUGAUAGAACCGUACCCAGAAAUAAGCAGGGUGGACCAAAACGGUCCACAAGUAAGCAAGACGACGAUCUUAUUCAUCGUACGCCAAAAAGUGUCAUUAUAUGCCAAUUGAGGUCAAUAACAGGGAACAUCUGCCGAUGUUCUCUGUGAACAUAUUCAGUAAAAGGAUGCAGAAUUUGAACUUCAUCAAUAAAAGGCCAUGAUCAAGCCGUCUUUAAGUAGAAGGCUUAUUAUAAAAUGUUUCUUACUUGCAAAGGAACGUAUUGAUUACCGGCCCUCACUCUGGAAAAGCAUUUACUUCUAAAAUGAGGUCUUAUUUUUAGACAAGCCUAUGAAGUCAACCCAGAUGGUAACAUGCGGGGAGAACUUUCCAAAACAGCAUAUCACGCGGACGACAAUCUUCAAGACCUGUCGACGGUUAACGGCUUGGGUGGCUACCCAAUUCGGGGAGCGGCCAGUCUGGUGGUAGACUGCGCACACCAUCAACAGCAAGGUGUUCGUCAACAUUGUGAAGGAUUUUUUUGAUUACAACGGAAUCCACCGACGCCGAAUGGACACCAUAAUUUUACACGAUAAUGUCCCUGUCUAUCGCUCUAAAGAGGUAGGCAUCUGAUAACGCGCACAACUGUAAUCUAACUUUUUUGACAACAGCCAGCCUUUCCGCAUGUAGUCUCCAGUCUAAUUUUAUUACUGCCAAUAGUUCGGAUCUCAAUCCUAUCGAAAAUCUUCUCGCACUUAAUAAAAGAAGUUGACACAAGGCAAAAGAGGGAUUUUCAGUGCGAGGAAAGCUUGUUCCUGUACUAGAUAAUCAGAUUCAGAAUUCCACUAUAGACAGCCUGACCAUCUCCAUGUCUGGAAGACUUUCUGCUGUGUUAAAUUUAAAUGUACAAUUAACAGAAUACUGAUCUUUUGUACUUCUUAUUAUUUUUCAUUUCUCUCCCCCCCCCUCCUGUCUCAUGCAUUCUUAUUGUUAACCUUACUUAAUCGAUUCAUAAUGUAGCCGUUUUCUGAAAUCCUAAUUUUCGGCGAUAAAUUAAUUAUUUUUAUUUAAGUAAAUAUUAAUUUAUAAGCCCAGCUAUGCCUUCCUUUCAAGAACAGUCGUUUUGCGCUGCUGUAGGCUUUGAGUGAAUUUUACGUUAAAGGGAUUUUCGUGUGAUAAUUUAUGACAUUUCAUGAGUUAUCACACUUACUGUUCUAGGUAGGUUUCGCGUGCCUUGGAAAUAAACCCCGAGAAGAAAAUAGGGUAUUUCACAACUUUCCCAAAUUCAAUCACGUUAAGCUGUCCUUACCCCGCCAUCACGAACCAUGUUUUGGAUAUGCCGAAAAGAGCGUCGCGUCGAAACCCUGGCACGAAUUUCGGAACUUCCAGUCGUUUCCUUCCCCUGACCUUAGACGAGUUUGUUUUCCCUUCAUAAUCCAACAGGCGAAUUGGCAACGGCAUGGAGAAGGACCCCACUUAACUAUCAGUAGACUGUGGAUCGUGCCAUACGUGAUUUAUGGUAAAGGGAGUUUUAUGGAUGGGGCAGCACGCUAGAAACUAGGCUGAAAAAUGAAAGAAAACACAGAAAUUGUCUGGGUUUAUGCCGGACGUUUUAUCCUACGCUAUUUUACGAGGACAGAAAUGACAGUAGAAUUUAAACGAUAAACAAAAAAACAAGUUUCACACAAUAACGGAUUUUGAGUUAAGGUGUGAAGUCAUGGGAAGCAAUCGUUGCUGGCAGUGGGAUUUCUGCAAAUGUAUGUUAAGGUAAAACCCCAUAUGACACGAUCCACAGUCUACUGACAGUUAAGUGGGGUCCUUCUCUACACCGUUGCCGAUGAAUCGCCCAGGGCCUCAGAAACAACGCCUUCGUAUUGUCUGUUAGUUCACCUGAUGAGAGCUGAUUUUCGAAUUUUAGUUCUCUUGAUUUUCUGCUGUGGAUCCAUUUCAUUUCAAUUCAUUUCUUCAAAAUAUAUUUUGUGAAAACUUCAUUAGUCCAGUUAACCAUGUUGUAGGUCGGUGCUCAGUUUUAUUAAUGACGGUGGUUACUUCAGUAGAUCUCGGUUUCCAAGUCAUUAUUGCAAGUAGGUAGGGCAUCUUAUGCUAGAUAUAGCAUCGAAAGCCUUUGUUAGACCAGUUUGGGAUAUAUUCAACGUGAAUCGUGUAUCAAAUGUCUGAGACCAAGAAAAGUAACUGCUUGUCAACCUGGUUACCAGUGGCCAUUCUGAACGUUAUGGGGAAGGCCUUACUUCAUUAAACUACUUUAUAAUGUCCUUCUUUCUGAUCCUUUUUAUGAUUUUGCAAUAAAUAUGCGCAUGACUAAGCUAGUGGAACUUCGUGCUUGUCGCGCGGAAACGGAUCUGUGUACAGUUCUAGGAGACGAAGCCAUUUCAUGGACCGUCUCUACUGAAGACGCAAGAAGUGUGAUUUCCGCAAACAUGGCACUACAGCGGCAGACGGAGGCGCACGCAAGCAUGUCUUGCCCACUAGAAGAUAAUUGCAGAAUCUGACUCGAUGAAGCUUCCGUACUUUUCCCGGAACUUACCAUUUAUUAGGCCGCACCUCGAAUAUUGCUGACGUAGCCUUCUAACUUGGUCUGGGACGCACGAUCAUUACAGAGUUCAACAUCCAGUCAUUCCACUUGUAGACUCUCUAAGAAAGUCGAAAACUUUGAUGUGCGUUUACUGAUGGAACCUUGCUGUGCUUCAGCAUGAAGGUCUCUAUAACUGUCUCAUUGAAACUUGUAGGAGUAACAAUGGGGUAAAAGAAUACUAAUUCUGAUUUAUAUGUCCAACCUACCUGUCCCUAAGUUUUCGCGACCGAAUGCUAAACCAGCUGCAUUUUUCUCAGAGACAUAUUAACCCAAAAACAAGUUCUUGGAAGUUGUAGUGACUGUCCCAGAUUGUCCACUCUUUCAGAAAAAAACUUGGCCUCGUUUCGACAACGUAAUUAACACUGUGUGGUUGCGCUUGUGUACACCGGCUGCACCAUCAUACCUUGCCCAUAGGCACCACGAAGAAAAGAUUCUGGACAGACCGGUUCAUGACCAAACGCUCAAACUUCGGAAUAAUAGGUCAGCUCUCCUCAAGUAUAUUCGAAGGUGCCACACCCAACAAAAGCAUUGAGGAACUUGACAGGCAUUUGCAAUUAGGACGGUUAAUGGUGGGUUGCAAGUAGCCACUGCUUACAUCAAAGUAAAAGCGUAAAAGCUUCAGGAGUUAGCGUUUCGCAGGAAAUGCACAAAAACACGGACACGCGUCCAAAAUAUUUGAUAGGGGGACGGGCAAGUCAAAACGUGCGUCAGAACAAUUUAAAGAAAACAAAGAAAUCGGCACAAAACGCGAAAGCAUUUCUUUAAAUCCCGACUAUACAUCCAAAUUAUUUUAUUUUGGUGGAAAUCGAGCCACUUUUGUCGGGAUGACUCUCUCUCAUUAUUAUUAUUCUCUUCAUUAUUCUCUCUUCUCACCUUAAGCUCUUUCAGCCAGAGUUAAACGACACGAAGGCCUCAAAGGUCUGCACGAAUGCUGUUGUUCCCACUUCUCCAGCCGGCAAAUCACAUUCGGUGUCACCAAGAUCCCCGUCCGUUCAUAACUCAGGUUACUGUGGAGGUUACUCGACAACAGUUGAUCUGAGAGAAUCUCAGCCCACCAGCAAGCCACUUGUAUGCACACCCAUGCCUUCUCCAUCGAUGCCUACUAGCAAAUACAAGCGGUUGCCUGGUUUGAGAGAGACGUCGAGCGUAGGUUCUAGCCCUGGCAGCACAUGUCCUAGUCCUAACUUUUGAGCCAAACUAGAAUGGACGGGACAUUGGUCCAGUUUAAAGGGUCGUUCGUCUUUUAUUUUUUGCACUGCUGGCCGGCGAUUCUGUGCGUUUUUGCAGUACAUGUAGUUUAGAUACGUUCCUUUGAUGAUUUACGCUAUGGAAACAGUCUAACAAGUAAAAAACUUGCCAUGUUUCCUUUUUGUAGGACUGGAGUGUCCGGAGCCACCUCCUGAAACCUCAGUUUCGGCUCCGCUGUUUGACCCAGUCUACCCUCUCUAUAUGGCGGGACGGACGGCUGGACUUUCAUCGGAUGAUCCAGUCCGUUCCAGUUCCCUGAAAAUAAAUACCAGCUGGUAGUUUGCUUGUACGAUCUUUUCUAUACGGUGUUCUGCGAAAGGAAGGUACGCACGCUGCUCUACUACAAAGGUUUGCACUUUUAUUAAUCGGUAAUGCUAAAAAUAAAAGAACGACCUCUCGGACAAGAGUCAUGGAGGCGCCUGUGCAAGCAUGGCCCAGACCUUAGGACGGGGACAUACACUGGCAGAGAGUUCUCUAAAUUUGGACAAGCCUACUUCUUCCAAGAAACUUUCGACUACCCGACCGUCCAUCGCAUCCAGAACAUAAGGUAUUUCCACCUAUCACACAGGCCUUAUGGCCUUACAAAUAAACCUAGUCCGGCAAUCUGUCUAGUAAUGGAGUUUUCGUUCCUAAUUUGGCAGGGCGUUCCCCACCUCAGUAUAUUUGCUAGAGAGCUGUAAUGGAUUCUCAACACGAGCGUUCUUAUCGGACAACAGAAGUCGGCUGGUCCACGAUAUUCCAAUUUUCGCAGUCCUCGACCUUCUCUUCGAUCUUUUUCUCCUCUAUUUUCUAAAUUCUCAUAAACAGGCCCCGGGAUUUCACGUUACCACUGGAUGAAAACACUCAGCUGCUGUUUUCUGUAGUUCGCCAAUCAUUGGAUAAUCUGAUUUCAUCAUCCCCCCGGGCAAGUGGAGCUCUAACUUCUUCGUCCUUAACCUCAGGUCCCUGUUAGACAAGGCGAUUUUACUUCAAUGUCUGGCGUUUGAGUACUGUCCAGAUAUUGAUCUUGUGACUGAGUCAUCGGGAGCACCGUCCGUAGCUGACUUCGAGUCCUCUUUUUUCAUGGACAUCGGCAAGAAAGCCGUGGCAAGGAACCUGCAUUCAGGUGAAGUAAGCCCUUACGUAUCAGUCUUUGGAUAUUCCUCAUCUUUCUGAGGUGCAAUGUAUUUCUCACCUCAACUUUUCUGCUACUAACCCCAACAUAAAAGACACUUUUGUUUUUGUGUCUUCGAGGCAGGGCAGGCUGCAGCUUAUUUAUACCUCAUGUAUCAAGUAUUAUUAAGACAAUUUAAUCUUCCCCACGUGUGUCUUCUUUCAAGGUUCGGUUCUAGAAGGUUUAAAAUUUUAUUCGGGGCUUCUGUUGUCGAUACGUAAAAUCUGGUUGUCAAUUCCCAUACUUCGGAAUCAAACAUCUUUGAUCUAGUAUUUUCUUAAAAGUUUUCUGUUACCUUUGUUAGUAUUCCUAGGCUCACCUUCAGAUUCUUACCAUGAAACUGUAGUUCUUAGUAAUUAGCCUGAAGUUUAUAGUGCCUUUUCUAAAAGAAUACUGCGCCAUUUUUCUUGUUCGAUCGACCUGUUCGCAAGACUUACUGACAUGCUUAAGAUCUCACUGCCGGACGGAUUUCUUUUUUCGCUCGGGUGUGAAUUUUGACACUGCAGCACCAGAUAAAAUUUUUAACUUCUUGAUUUCUCGUUAUUUUCCGGGAACAAAUGAUCAUUGACAUCACUGGCUGCGUUUUUUCUUAAUGUUUUAGCAGUAAACGAUACAAGUUAUCCUGCUGCCCUAACCCUCAAAACAGCGUUCUGAUUCUAACCUUCAGCAGUCACAUUUUGGAACGGAUUUGGAUCCGUGCCAAUAUGAGGUGGUCUGUUGAAUUCGUUGGAAACCCCCAGCUGUAUGUAACGGAAGUUUUUUUUCCCGAACACUGGAAACUCGAAUAAAAUGUCAAAGUCCCGUCAUUCAUUACUGGCUUAGAGUUUCGGUAUUCGACUCAAGGAUGAUCGCUAGCAUUUUAAAUGUCAUUUUUUGAACAUACAUUAUUGAGAACUCAGUUCGGGCGUGGACGCGCGGACAGAUACCGUUCUUGAAAUUAUGCGUUUUGUUGGUCUAUGUACAUUUUCGAUUUAUUACUUGAAACUUUCUUGUACACCUGGACCCUUCUGUACAGUUGUUUGAAUAACCGCAAAUACACACAACUUGUUUCGGCUUGAGUUAUCGCGUGCUUGGUGCCCGACUGCGGUGUGGUGUCAAUACUUCAUUCAUUUCACUCACGGGCCCUAAUCCCUUUUAAGUUAAUUGCCAAGUGACACUUUUAUUUCUCGAACAUAUUUCGUCGGACGUGAAUCCGCCCGAGCAACAAGCUGCAGCAACCGACUUCAGCCCGGAACAUUCCGGACUUCAUCUGGAUCAUUCAUUCCACGACGACUCGAGGCCUCGUUUUUGUGAGUCUGUGCAAUUAUUUGCUUUUGCAAUUUUCCCAUUUUUUACUAUAAUUUUGUCUGUAAAAAACACAGCAUUGCGCACCUAGAGUUACGUUUUUGCUGUAUCUAUUUUGCUUUGUAGUGUUAAUUUCCGUUAACACCGCAGUUUUGUCGUUCGGGGCGUAACUGUAAUCAUUUAAAAUUUUCGACUGUUUCGUAGUCUGAAAACAAAUUUUAUCACAAUCAGUAUUUAAGGGUCUAUGCAAAUGAUGCAUUUCUGAACCUUUCGUGUGAAGUAUUUAUUUCAACUCUCAAGAGUGAAAGCCUUCCAAGUCCUUGAAUGAGAGCACACGUCAUAUCUCCACCCACGGCUAUCCUGCAUUAAUUAUUUUUGGUCAACAAACACAUUUCUUCCGGGUCAGAAAAUUCUAUAGACCCUGCUUAAAUAUAAGAUUCUAUGAACUUUAACAAAUAGACAUUUAUUUGGUCCAUCCCGGCCCUUUCUCUAGAACCCCAAAGUUUUGGAACUUGCCAGCUUUUUUUCUUUGCCUAUGCACCACAAUCUGGGAUUGAAGGUCUUGCCUUUGUACGGAUUGCUUUGAUUUUACUGAAGCAUUUGCUCGUGUGCACCGUCCUCUUUUCGUUCGAUGAUGAUGGACAUAAAUGGCUGGCUACGAUUAUUUGUGUCGACCAACAGUCAUAACUUAACACUAAUAGUCACGCCAUGGCUAUAAGGAAUUCCAAUCUCAGUCUUCGGGGGUUUCACAAUCUGGUUAUCUCCAAAGCACGUAUAAUGACUCAGAUGAGCUCGCGGAAAUUCAUAAACGGUGGAAAUAUAGCAAGUCUCUAUGACCUAUAUAUUAUUCUUUCUUACUUACCUUUCUGCACGGUGCUCAGUGGAAUGAAAGUGAAUGCGUUCUGCGUCUUGCCCUACAAUAUCAUAAUUUCAUCUACAAUGAACGCUUCGAACGCGCAGAUGCUGAUUCCCAGCGAAAUUGUUUACUUUUGUUUGUCAACCAUUUAACUUUUGAACUUUUAACCCGCCCAUUAUUCUGGGGCAUCCUGGUCGCCAUCAACGCUACGGUCAUAACAAUGCUCCUCUUUUGGCAACCACAAUCAAAUGUCGCUUGUUCUCUAUUACCGAUAAGAUUGCUAACUGGAGUAAGUUCCCAUGUAAUCCUUUCCUCUGUUUCAGCCUGAAGGGGCAGUCGUCUACGCCGUCUGUCAUAUUGUCCGUGUCCUACCAUAG